AUGUCUAGUCGCUCCCCGUCUGCGUCUGGGCUGCUCCCCAUGCCUGGGGCUCCGUCAUCGUCCUGGGCCGCCUACAGCGCCAGACUGAAGAGCUUGGUGAAGCAUCCCAACAUAAGGGUCGUCGUCGCCUUCUGGCUUCUUGGUCUGAUCAACAAUGUGCUCUACGUAAUCAUCCUCUCGGCCGCGCAAGACCUCGUCGGAUCCCUCCCGAAAGGUGUCGUUCUCCUCGCCGACGUCGUCCCCUCGUUCUUCACCAAGCUCAUUGCUCCAUACUUUAUCCAUCGCAUACCGUACCCGAUACGAGUACUCAUCUUCAUCGCGCUGUCUGCAGGCGGCAUGUUGAUGAUUGCUCUUACACCUCCGUCCAAAUCGGUGCCGGUAAAGAUGGUGGGAGUAGUCUUGGCUAGCCUGAGUAGUGGCGGAGGCGAGCUCAGUUUCUUGGGACUGUCGCAUUACUACGGACAUGUGAGCUUGGCCGGUUGGGGAUCUGGCACUGGUGCAGCCGGUCUGGUUGGUGCAGGCUUAUAUGUGCUGUUGACGGACUGGUGGGGGUUUACUGUCCAGCAGAGCCUGCUCUUCUCGGCUUGUCUACCUCUCAUCAUGUUCAUCAGCUUCUUCAUCGUCCUUCCGUUAGAGCCGCUACGUCAAGCUGGUGCAUUGAAGGAAUAUGAUGCUGUUCCGGAAAGAGACGUAGAGGACGAAAUGGAUGCAGACCAGACGGAACAGGAGAUUACAGCUAGCACUUCUGCGCUGCUUGUACCGGAGCCAUCUGUCCUAUCAGCAAACACCGCGUAUGCCAUGACUCGGGGUGGCUCGAAUUCUCUCCAGAACAACUUGCGGAGAGCCAAGGCGCUCUUCAUACCGUACAUGGCGCCCUUGCUGCUGGUAUAUAUUGCCGAGUAUACCAUCAACCAAGGCGUCGCGCCCACGCUACUCUUCCCACUCGAAUCGUCGCCAUUCAAGGAGUACCGUGAAUUCUAUCCCUUCUAUGGGUUUCUAUAUCAGGUUGGCGUCUUCAUCUCGCGGUCCUCCACCGCUUUUAUCCGUGUUCACUACCUGUACCUCCCAUCCCUACUCCAAGUCGGAAACUUGAUUCUUCUGACACUCCAUGCCAUGUUCUUCUUUAUUCCAUCCGUCUACAUUGUAUUCAUCAUCAUCUUCUGGGAGGGCCUAUUGGGCGGCGCCGUCUACGUGAACUGCUUCGCCGAAAUCAUGGAAAAUGUACCGGUUGAGGAGCGCGAGUUUAGUCUCAGCGCCACUACGGUGAGUGACAGCGGGGGCAUUUGCAUUGCAGGCCUGAUUAGCAUCCUGAUGGAGACGAGUCUCUGCGAUUACCAGGUUGCGCAUGGGCGCGAUUGGUGCCAGAGGGUUACCAUUUCGCAUGGCUGA